CAUCAACAAAAGAGAGAAAAGGAGAAAGGAGAGAAGACGAGAAGGAGUAUCGUUUGGUCGCACGGUUGAGGAAGACAACGAAUAUGUGGAUUUAAUCUUCUUUUACAGUAGAAGUACUGUGCUGAAAAAGAGAUCACUUGCUCCAGGGCCAGCGGAGACAUGGAUGCCUUCAAGCUGAUGAAGGAGCUGAGGCUGAACUAUGAGCAGGAGGUUCAUUUUCUGCCUAAGGAGACAGGACUGAGUCUCAUUGAAUCAACAACACAGGACGACAGUCGAAUCUCGGCCAAGUGCAGAGAUGCCAAAGUGGAGGACCUGUGGAGCUUGACUAGCUUCUUCGGUUACAGCACGCAGACUUUCGUCCUGGCUGUUAACCUGCUGGACAGAUUCCUGGCCAUGAUGAGGAUUCAGCCGAAGCACCUUUCCUGCGUCAGCCUCAGCUGCCUUCAUAUGGCGGCCAAAGUGACGGAGGAGGAGUGCAAUGUGACGCCCAGCGAUGAGCUCAUCCGCAUUGGACAGUGCAGGUUCACUGUGUCUGACCUCAGCCGCAUGGAGAAGAUCGUCUCGGAGAAGCUCAACUUCAAGUCCAAAGCCAUCACUGCCUUAACCUUUCUACACCUGUACCAUCAGAUCGCACUUUCUCACUGCACAGAAAGGAAGGAGACUCUGAAUUUGGAGAAGCUGGAGGCUCAGCUCAAAGCCUGUCUGUGCAGGAUCUCCUUCUCCAAAGCAAAGCCGUCUGUCCUCGCUCUGUCCCUCCUGAGGCAGGAGAUCGAAGCCGUCCAGUCCGAGGACAUGUUGGAGAUAGCUUAUCACAUCCAGAGGCACCUAAAGAUCCCUGACAGUGAUCUGCUGCUAUGGAGUGAACGUGUGGCGCUCUGUCUCUUGGACUACGCCUCCCCUGAAUGCAGCAAACCCAACCACAGGAAGCUGCAGUGGAUCGUCUCGCGGCGGACUGCCCAGAACCUGCACAGCUACCGCAGCGUGCCUGAACUGCCCACCAUCCCAGAGGGAUGCUGGGACGAGAGCGAGAGCGAGGAUUCAUGUGAGGACGUGAUGAGUUCAGGCGAAGAGUCUCUCAGCAGCUCCCUGGGCAGCGACGCUGAAGGACCCUUCUUCCCCCUGCACCUCCGCCGCCAAAAACACCGCCAACACCUUCACGCCUGAGGGCUCGGCUGCCAAAAUGUGCCUCGCCAUCUUCAUCCUCAUUUACCUGAUGAAACAUCCUUUUAGAUUUUUAAUAAGCUCUGGUGCUGCUGGUGGAGGAUCGCACAACAACUGGCAGCUGGACCCUCCCUAGUAGAUUUUUUUUUUUUUUUUUUUUUAGUUUGUAGAUGUGUUGGUGCAUGUUCAGAUGUCACAUUCCAGGACAAACUUUAAGAGAAAACUCGGUCAGCUCGGUGUGGAGUCUGGUUUUCAUGGUGCUGCGCAUACAGUCAGAUGUACUCACUGCUCAGAUGUGAGACCAGACUGUGGUGGUUUGUGUAGUUGACGAGAAAAAAAAGCUAAAAUUUGUUGAUUAUUUAUCCGAAUGUUAUUGACUGUUAUUAAUCUUAAGACUGUUUUUAGUGAGACUAAGGAGUUUUCUGAUGAGCAGAAGAUGGAAGCAGCUGUGGUCAGUUUUCUGAGUUUGUUUUAUCUAGAAAUGACAAAUAAUGCCACUUCUGGUGCUUGAAUUUAGUUUUCAACGAAAGACACUGGACAAAGUGAGCAGUGUCAUCACACCAAGACGGAUUUAAUUUGACAACUGCUUUGAUACCAAGGCUACAAAAGAAAAAGCCUUAGGUGCCCAUGCUUGGCUAAUUAUUUAAUAUAUUUUUCCCCUUUUUUUGUCUUGAUUCGGAGAUGACAGGAAAAAGAAUAGCAUCAGAAAUCAGGGAGAGAGUGGGGGGUGACAUGCAGGAACCCGAGCUAACUGCAUGGAGGGCUAGCUUCCAUAAAUGGGGUACAGCCCAACUUUUAGGCCAUUGGCAACCCUUAAUUUUUGUUACAAGUGUGGAUAAAAUUGGUUAAAUUCCUUCAUCUGUUCUAAAUUGCAGGAAAAUAUUGUUUAGGUCGCCAAGAAUUAAGAGCGUUCCUUUGCUAAUGACCACUUUUGGUAAAACUGAACGAAGAUUAGACUUAUUUUUAUAAAAACUUUGGUACUUUUUAAAUUUACAAAGAGGAUUUUUUCUCUGAAGUGGAAAAAAGGUUGGAUCUAAAAAAUGUAAAAUAGCCCUUAAAAUUGAUGACAGAGUUUAAUCUGAGCUUAAGCUUUCUGUAGGCCAUGUUUUGUAGGCUAUUUUUUGGGCCUCUUUGUCUUUAUUUGGAGAGGAUAGGGCAGUGGAUAGUGGAGGAAAGUUUAGAGAAUGACUUGAGGUAAAGGAACCUUAUUUGAACGUGUACUGCCUUCAUGGAUGUUGGGUAAAACCUAACACCUAGGCCAUUGGUUCCCCUUAUUUUUGGUUUUCAGUGUUAAAGACACUGUGAAAUUCCUUCAAGUUUUCUAAAUUGCAAAAAAAAUGUUUGUUUCAUAUGCUAGUGUGUUCAAGACUCGAGUUUUCGUUUGCUAUUGGCCAAUAUAGGUAUAACUUUGAACAAGGAUUGGACUUUUUUUUUUCUUUUUAAACUUUGGUACGUUUUGAUGCCAUCAAUCAGUAUACAAGAGAGUGUGCGUUCUGUCAAAGUUGGCCAAAAAGUUCCGUGUGUAAGCAACUUUUUUCUUCGGUUUACUUUUUGCCGUUUUCGCCUUUAUUUGGAGAGGACAGGAGAGUGGACCAAAGAGUCAGCAAUGACUUGUCGGAAAGGAUUCCUACAUGAUGCAACCUAACCUAAAAGGCUGUCUGCACCCCAAAAACACAGUAAAACUGCUGUAGGACCCCUUCAUCCUAGGAACCCAAAGUUUUGCAGCCAAAAUGCAACAGAAGAUCACCAUUUUCAGAUGGGAUUGUUGUUUAAAUCUCCCUAAAAAUAAAGCUUUUAAAAGUUUAAGAAGACAUGUUACAAACAUUGAGAUUUGAACACAAAACCUUCACUUCCAACUUCUUUUUCUUUUGGCGUGCAAGACUUGAGUUUAAUUACUCGAGUGUGAUCUCCACUUCUUUAUUAGUUUGUACGAGACCUUGCUGUUGCUAUUUCCAGACUAAAUUAGGUCCCUUCUGCUCUACUCUUACUCUUCUGUGCUAAUUCUGAUUGUCCUGAGGUUUAAAACCUUUGUUGUUGAACACAAUUCACAAAUGAGAUAUAAGAUUGUGUUGAUCACCUUUAAAAGGUGAAGAUUUUCUAGAUUACAGGGUCUAAAAGUUUUUGUCAUUUCUUGGAAAACCUGAUCACAGCUGCUCUCUUCUGUUAAAAAGUUGUAUUUGCACAUUUUCUUUUAAACUCAUUUUAAGUGUUAAAGAGCCGACUGGAGGUUUGAGUUUGUGUCUGAAGGGAAGCGGAGACGUCAGAAAAUGGUUUGAUUUCAGGGCAGCCAUCUAAAGUGCCUUUGUUAAAGGCAGCAGAGUGAUCCGACCUUUCCCUCAGAUUCAAACCGUGCUCACACCACAGGGUGCUCAGAUAUUAUUUAAAGAGUGUGUGUUCGUGGAUGUGUGUGUGUGUAUGUAUGAACCUGAUUUAAAUAGUCAACGUUGCCAACUUUAGGAUGUAGCAUUAAAAAAAAAAAGAAAAGUUUUGUUCUGCAUUGAGAGAAAAUGUUUUGAAAGAAAUAAUGCCAACUGUCAAAAAAAGUCUAAAAAUGUAAGAAAAUGUUAAUAUAAAAAACAUGUAAAACUGUAAAUGAUGUACAAAAAAAAUAUGUUAAUAGUUCUUUGUAGAUAUUAAGUUAUUUAUUCUCUUUUGUCACCUGUACAAGAAAGUCU